UUUACUGUUUUUUCUACGAAAUUUACUUGUCGCCGUCGGGAAAUAUCAAUAUUAUGUUUAAUAUGAUUUAUUUAUUCAUUAUAGACAUUAUUUUGAUAAGUAGGAUAAUUCCGUCCCAUUUACGAUAAUUUUACGCUGCGGGUAUGACAUUUGCCUCACUUCAGUUUGUGAGUUUUGACACUGACACUGCCUUGCCUUCCAUCCAAUGAUUUAAUUGAGGUUAAACAACCCACCCAAGUCACGGUUGUAUUCAAGAAAUUCCCUGCAGGCUUUGCCUUAAAACUGUUAUCGUUAAAAGUUUUGAAGUAAUAGAAAACGUUAUUAGAGAUAUUUUCGAUGUUCUUUUGCUGAAACUGAAAAUCGAUGAUGAGAGCAAAGAGAUUAUAUGUAACGCUUGCAGAAGAAAAUUAUAUGCAGCAUUUGAAUUCAAGUCAACAUGUCUGAAUACCGAUAACAUAAUUAUACCACAUGUGGAUUGCGAAAAAAUGUUACAGCUCUACAUAAGGGAAGUGUACAGGAAGGAAAAGAGAAACGAAUCAAUUUCAGAUAGUCAGAAAAUAUGUCGAUUGUGUAUGAACUUGGUAAAAAGUGAGUUUAUGUGCAUACGUGAAGAGGAACUCGAAGCUAUUCAGAAAUUGACUCCUGAAAUGAAUAUAAAUAUCAUCAUGGAUCCCGUUGUAUGUAAAGAAUGUUUUGAUUCCCUGUGUACCCACAACAGUUUCCUUAGAGAAUGCUUAGAAGUAGAGGAAAAAAUUAAAGGGGUUUGUGAUAAUUCAGCCACAGAAAGUCGAAUAGAUACUUCUCCAUCUGAUUUAUUCGUUAAGACUGAAAACCUGGAUAAAGAGUUUGAUAUUAGCGAGAUGGAACUGUCGAUCAAAACUGAGUGUGUUGACAUAAAAUCUGAAGAUGAGGAAAGAAGUGACGCGCGACUGCAGAGUUCCGAUAAUGAACCAUUCGAGAAGAGUGACUGCAAAGAUGCGGAAGAGGAUCGAUGUAAACAUGGGAAUGGAUCGGAGAACAAAUGUAAUACAAAAACCAAGCGGGGGUGUAAAGUAUUGUAUAAAUGUGAUAAAUGUAUUUAUGAAACUAGAAACAAGAGUCGUUUUACAGUACAUUGUGCGAGACACAAGAACGAUUCAGAAGCGUAUAAACGUGAAUCGUGUGAGUAUGACACUAGAAAUAAGAGAUUUCCUCAAAGGCACCCGUUGAGACAUAAGGAUCCCUCACAUGCCAAAAUGUACAUGUGUAACGUCUGCGAGUACGAAACUAAAUAUAGGGAGUAUAUCAAACAGCACAAAGUGACACAUAGAGAUCCUUUGCAGGUUCAAAUGUACAAGUGUAACCGCUGUGAUUAUGAAAGUAAAUACAAGGGUAAUAUCAGAAAGCACGCAGUGAAACACCAAGAUCCUUCGCAGGUUCAAAUGUACAAGUGUGACAAAUGCAAUUAUGAAAGUAAAUACAAGAGUCAUAUUAAAUCACACCAGGUGAAACAUAAAGAUCCUUCGCAAAUGUACAGUUGUAAUGACUGUAAAUUCAAAACUAAGUACAAGAAGACUAUGAAAAGGCACCGACUGAAACAUGAAGAUCCUUCGCAGAUGUACAGGUGUAACCACUGCGAUUAUGAAGCCACAUAUAAGAAUAAUAUUAGACAGCAUCUACUGAAACAUAAAGAUCCUUCACAGAUUCAAAUGUACAAGUGUAACCGCUGUGAUUAUGAAAGUAAAUACAAGGGUAAUAUCAGAAAGCAUGCAGUGAAACACCAAGAUCCUUCGCAGGUUCAAAUGUACAAGUGUGACAAAUGCAAUUAUGAAAGUAAAUACAAGGCUCAUAUUAAAUCACACCAGCAGGAACAUAAAGAUCCUUCGCAAAUGUACAGUUGUAAUGACUGCGAAUACAAAACUAAGUACAAGAAUACUACCAAAAGGCACCGACAUGGAGAUCCUUCGCAGAUUCAAAUGUACAGGUGUAACCACUGCGAUUAUGAAACUACAUACAAGAGUCGUAUUAAAUCACACCAACUGAAACAUAAAGAUCCUUCAGAGGUUCAAAUGUACAGGUGUAACCACUGCAGUUACAAAACUAAAUAUAGCUACAACAUCAAACAUUUUUGUAAUGUAGAAGAGUUCGCUUCUGAGCAAGAGUCUAAGAGAAUAAGCAAAAACAAGAAUAUAAAUAUCAUCAAAGAUCCCGUUGUAUGUAAGGAAUGUUUCGAUUCUCUGUGUAUCCACAACAGUUUCCUUAGAGAAUGCUUAGAAGUAGAGGCAAAAAUUAGAGAUGUUUGUGAUAAUUCAGCGACAGAAAGUCGAACAGAUACGUCGCCAUCUGAUUUAUUCGUUAAGACUGAAAACCUGGACAAGGAAUUUGAUAUUAGCGAGAUGGAACUGUCGAUCAAAACUGAAUGUGUCGACAUAAAAUCUGAAGAUGAGGAAAGUAGGGAUGCGCUACUGCAGAGCUCGGAUAUUGAACCAUUCGAGAAUAGUGACUGUAAAGAUGCGGAAGAGGAUGGAUGUAAACAUGAGAAUGGAUCGGAAAGCAAAUGCAAAACGAACACCCAGCAUGAGUGUAGAGUAUUGUAUAAAUUUGAUGAACCUAUUUACCAAACUAGAGGUAGGAAAUUUUUUCAAAGGCACCUGUGGAGACAUAGUGAUCCCUUACAGGCCAAAAUGCGAAGAUGUUACGACUGCGAUUACGAAACUAAAUACAAGAAUCAUAUCAAAUGGCACCAACUGAAGCAAAAAGAUCUUACGCAGGUUCAAAUGCACAAAUGUAACCACUGCGAUUAUAAAACUAAAUAUAAGAAUGCCAUGAAACAGCACCAACUGACACAUAAACAUCCUACAGAGAAAUUGAAUAAUGAGAGCAAAGAGGUUAUAUGUAACGCUUGCAGAAGAAAAUUAUAUGCAGCAUCAGAAUUUAAAUCAAAUUGUCUGAAUACCCAUAACACAAUUAUUCCAUAUGUGAAUAGUGAAAAAAUGGUACAACGCGACUUAGGAGAACUCUACAUGAGGGAAAAGAGAACCGAAUUGAUGGAUAUUUCAGACAACCAGAAAAUAUGUCGAUUGUGCAUGCAGCCAGUAGAAAGUGAGUUUAGGUGCAUACGUGAAGAGGAACUUGAAGCUAUUCAGAAAUUGGCUCCUGAAAUGAUUGGAAGUAUCGUCAAAGAUCACAUUUUAUGUAAGAAGUGCUGUGAUUCUCUGUAUACCCACAACAGUUUCCUAAAACAUUGCAUGGAAAUAGAAGAAAAAAAUUGUGAUAAUUCAAACCCAGGAAGUUCAAAAGAUAUAUCAUCAUGUUAUUUAUUUGUUAAAACUGAAAACUUGCACAAAGAAUUUGAUAUUAACGAAAUGGAAUUGGCAAUUAAAGAAGAAUAUGUUGAUAUAAAAUCAGAAGAUAGAGAAAAGAGCGACACGCUGAGCUCUGAUAUUGGACCAUACGAUAAGAACGAUUGUAAACAUGAGGAUGGAUCAGCAAACGAAUGUAAUACGAAAGUCAAGCAGGAGCGCAAAGUAUUGUACAAAUGUGAUAAAUGUAUUUACGAAACUGAAUGCGAGACCUGUUUUGCAGCACACCAUGCAAGACACAAAAACGGCUUGGAAGUGUAUAAAUGUGAAUCCUGUGAAUAUGAAACUGAAAAUAAAAAAUUACUUGAAAGGCACCAGUUUAGACAUAAAGAUUCUUCGAAAAUGCAUUUGCAUCGAUGCCAGUUCUGUAACUACAAGACAAAGUAUAGGUCCGACCUUGUUAUGCAUCAGGUGAAACACAAAAGUGCCUCCGAUGCACGAGUGUACAAGUGCGACUUUUGUUAUUUCAAAACAAAGUUGAGGACUAGCUUCAAUAAACACAAAAAAUCAAACAAAUGUGAUGAGUAUUGCCAUAAAACCAAAGACAACUCUUCGACAAAUAAAGACGCUUCACAACAGCCAAUUUAUAAAUGUGCUAGAUGCAACUACGAAUCAGUGAAUAAGAGACUUUUAAUCCAACAUCAGUUGGUACAUAAAGAUCCCUCGCAGGUCAAAAUGUACAGGUGUAACGACUGCAAUUAUGAAACUAAAUACGGGAGCGUUAUCAAACGGCACCUACUGAAACAUAAAGAUCCUUCACAGAUUGAAAUGUACAGAUGUAAAGACUGUGACUAUGAAACUAAAUACAAGAGUUAUAUCAAACAACACCUACAGACACAUAAGGAUCCUUCACAGAUUCAAACGUACAACGACUGUGAUGAUGAAACCAGAUACAGUGUCAUCCAACGCCAACUGAAACGUGAAGAUCCUUCGCGGUUUCGAAUGUGUAACGACUGCGAUUUCAAAACUAUAUACAAGAAGAAUGUCAAACGACACCAACUGAAACAUAAAGAUCCUUCUCAGGUUGAGAUUUACAGAUGUAAUGACUGUGAAUACGAAACUAAAUACAAGGAUGAUAUCAAAGAGCACCAACUGAAACAUAAUGAUCCUUUAGAGGUUCAAAUGUACAGCUGUAAUGAUUGCGAUUUCAAAACUAUAUACAAGAAGAACGUCAAACGACACCAACUGAAACAUAAAGAUCCUUCGCAAAUUCAAAUUUACAGAUGUAAUGACUGUGAAUACGAAACUAAACACAAGGAAGAUAUCAAAAAGCACCAAAAUGACAGCCUAGAAGUGAAAUAUAAACCUAUUGGAAUCAUUUAUAAGAUGAUAGCUGGAAAUGUUCUUCCGAGAAGGAAAGAAGAAGCAGAAGAAAAAAGAAAACUUCAAGGUGACGCGUGGCCAGUUAAGGUUAAAAGUUAA